AGCGAAGCACACGCAUGCGCUUGGUUGCUUGUCUAUUUUCUCCACCGCCCCUCAUCACAUUCGCAGCGUAUCCGUCAACCUUUCAUCACGUAACUACUUACACCAAGGGAAUAUUUGCAACGCUAUAGACAUGGACAAAGUCAUCCAGUUAGACUUCAACACAUCCUAUCCCUGCCAGUCUCGAGAAAUAAGAUGGGAAGAACUGCUACAGGACGUACACGUUGGGCGCGUUCAAAUCGUCUUCGCGUCUACUAAGGCGUUCUUGAGCACUACACCAAAACUCCAGGAAACCCUUAGAAGCAAGCUAAAGAUCCCUUCCUUCUUCUUCGAUAGGAUGUAUCUCCAGUCAAGCGGCUUUUGCGGGUAUGACGUCUGGCUAGACAAGAAUGAAGAAGUGGAGUUCUACACGUAUUGGACCCGCUUCACGGUAAAGCAAACACACGACAAGCUCCAGCCGAAGAGGACGUUCACACCACACAUCUCUAACCAUCACAACAACCCUAGCGAUUGGAACACUGACAUGGCGAUACAUGGGCCGCAGAGUGCGCGGCACGGAUGGGAAUGGUACGAGAUGGGGUUUUUUGCAUGCUGGGCGCAGUCAGGGUCGGUUACGCUGUUGUGCUUCGAUCUGCCUACGAAGUCACAGUCGCAUAUCCAGUCAAUGAGCUGGCCACAGGGCGUCUCUCGUUCCUGUCCGUACGCCGCGUUUCUGCUCAUCUUAGAUGCGCUGCUUCGGCUGUAUGAUGACUCGGUCUGGGCGAUCAGAAACCACAUCAGCAGGUGGGAGGCUAAAAGGUUGAUAGAGACUGAUUAUUUCCUUUUGCACGAGAUUGCUAGACACGGGGUGCACGUCAGCGAGGCUCUCAGCGUCGCUAUACAGUCCCUCGACACCAUGCAGCAUCAUUAUGAACGGUUCCGUGCUAACAGUACCCUCGCCUGCAGUAAGAAUGGUCGCGGACGUUGGGAUAAAGUCGGCAGUCUCUUUGAGUUCCAGCUCGGCCUCCUACGAGGUUUACUCCAACGGUCUGAAGCGAACAACGCGCGAAUCCAAAACGAGAUCACUCUAUUCACCAUAGGAUGGAUCUGCCCGCUCCCGUUAGAGAAGGAGGCGGCGAGGCUGGUGCUGGAUGAAGAGUACCCCCAAGACGAGGUCCAGUACCAGAAUGCAUACUACCUAGGCGGCCAGAUCGGAAAGCACAAAGUCGUUAUUGGUGUGCAGCGAAGGAUGGGACUAACUGGUGCCGCAAUCCUUGCUGAGAAGAUGCGCGCUGGGUUCCCCAACAUCAGGUACUUUCUCCUUGUCGGCAUCGCUGGCGGCGUGCCUCGCUAUGGGCCAGCUGGUGCAGCCUCAGAGAUUGUGCUUGGCGACGUGGUGGUCAGCUCUCCUCGAAGCAGCCAUGGCGGGGUAUUGCAGUACGACAAGGGUGCGUGGGAGGGUCAAGGGCGACUGAAUUAUCGCGGACACACCAACGGCGUUCCGGGCGACCUCAUGGCUGCGGUUAAUAACUUUCGUGCAGAGGGCUGGUCUAAGACGAACAUCGCAGAGGUUCUGAAGCAAAUGCGUCUUAAGCUUAACGACGAACAAAAUCGCCAGUACGCCGACCCAGGUCCUAGUCAAGAUAGGCUCUUCAAAGACACCUACGAGCAUAAGGGCACUGAGCUCGACGACUGCAGAGUAUGUUGCGAUGCGGAUUACAUCGACUCGCGAUCUGAUCGAGGAGCCGGAGCUACUCGACUAGUCGACACGCCGUCUGUUCACUUUGGCAAUAUCGCGUCGAGCAAUCAGCUGCAAAUAUCAGCUAUUGAGCGCGAAAGAUUGCGGAAAGAGCAUGAUGUAAUCUGCUUCGAGAUGGAAGCAGCAGGAGUGAUGGACGAGUAUCCGUGUGUAGUGGUUCGUGGUAUCUGCGACUAUGCAGACUCGCACAAGAACAAGGGCUGGCAGAACUACGCGGCAGCUACGGCGGCAGCGUAUGCUAAAGAGCUGUUGUCUAGGAUCCCCGCGGCAGACACUACGAGUAGUGCGCCGUCUAUAGAGCGGUCUACACUUCAGCAAUCCGCAGGCACAACGAACAUGAGGUUCGGCAAUAAUGAACGUGGUGUACAGGGGAGAGACAUUCACGGCAGCAUACAUAUUGGAUAAUUAAUGUUAAGGUAUCAUAUUAUGGCAACUCAGCGAUAGAAAGGAUGCCAAAAGGAAUCAUCAAGGCUGCAGCAUGAU